AUGAGCAACGCAGCCAGACGGAUGGAACAAGAAAGCAAGAUUGCGAAUGUUCACGAAGCCUGCCAGAAGAUCCUCAGGAAAGAAGAAGACACCUUCAAGAAUCAACGCUUCCAGUUCUCACACUACCUGGUCCGACUAGGCUAUUCGACGGAGUUUGUGGAAAAUUAUGUUGAACGAGGUCUGAUGCCCCGCAUCAUCAAGGAAGCCUAUGUCAACUUCUUGGCCCUUCUCAACAAGAUCUGCCAUAAAGAUAUGGGCUCGGAUGAAGCCUGGGAAGACUCGGAGGCCUAUGUCAUACUCCAGGUCCACUUGGAGAAUCUCCUGGACAUUCGCACAAACUCCAACAGCAAGAAGAUGUUGCUCCUCCAAAAUUACAUCUACCUACGCGAUGCCCGCAAGAAGGACUUUGGCAGCAACACCAUCACUGAAAAGAACAUUGGAAGGGUCAACAAGAUGAAUCAGAAGCUCCAAAGGGAGUUGGAAUCUCUUCGAGCGGCCAAGGGUCGAGGAGGCCGGGAACCUACCAAGGACAAGGACAAGGACAAGGAAGGAGAUUCAACCCUCAAAAAGUGUUCUCAAUGCAAGAGUCGAACCCUGCACACUGCUUUGAAACUGGAGCACAACAAGACUGUUUGCCCCCUGGCAGGGCAUGCCGGCUCAUGGGCCAAGGUCGCGGCGGAACGAGUUGCCACUGCCGUCUUAGCAAACAAAGAGCGCCCAGUUGGAGAUAUUAUCAAGGAAGUCGCAGACAACUGGCCCAAGAAAUCCUAA